AUGCCCUCCAAAAGAAGCAAGUCCAAAAUAUCUUUCAAAUUAUUUUCAGCAAAUAAUUAUUCGCGGUUUGCGAGCAGAUUCCCAUUCUUGAAAGAACGACAGAUCAAGACAAAACUUUUUCAGUCAUGGAGGAAGUUUAAGUUCAGUCCCGAAACCACGACGAACAAAGGAGGGAUCCAGAAACUAAAAUGUGUGAAUGAAAUUGUUGCUAAUGGAGCCGAGAGUGGCCCGCCAAAGAAAGGAGAGGAAGAUGUCGCGGAGAAGAAACCUGAGCGUUCACCCAUUAAUAAAUAUUCAGUCAAACAGCGUAAUCUUCAAGAUGACCGUGCUAAAAGGAAAAGUAUCGGAACAGCAAAUGAAGAGGAUGACAUAUCCCCACUGCGCAGAGCUUCUAGGAGUUUGAAAAUGACUGACAACACACUACUCACAAAACGAAAACAAAACGAGUUCAUCGAUCUAUUUGAGGAGAUAAACGCAGAAACGUUGUUGAUCGAACCAGUUGAUAUCAGCAAUAUUGAGCUCUUAUCGAGUGCUAGUGGCAGUUUUGAUCGCAAAGAGUGGCUAAAGAAGCUUACAGAAGAAGGGACAUCCGAAAAGAGCAACAACACGGUUUCUGGAAUGUUCAAAUGGCGAGCCGACGGGAAAAAGAAGAAAAAAGUAAGAAAUGGGGAAAAAAAUAAACAUGAAUCAAGGUUUUUAGAGAGUAGCAAAUGUGAAGGCGGCAGGAACUUCUUCAGCAUGUUUGAACGCGAGGACGAUAUCUUUCUUUGAGCAUGAAAUUCAUCCUGACUCAAAAGCUGACUUAAAGCUAACAGGUCUAUUUUGACGAUUCCAACCGAUUGAAUUUUACGCCUUGUAAUACAAACAUUUUUAUCCACUAAUGUACUGCAACACUUCAAUUCUCUCGUUUGAUGUAAACCCUUUAUCUCUCAGAUGUGAUCGGCCUUCCGCAAACAAGUGAUGAGAAUACUCGAACGUAUUAGGAAGAUGUUAUCUUGAUCUACUACCAAACUCCCGAAACUAAAAUGCGUAGCAGCUAAAGGGAAGAAUCAAUAAUCAGAUCUUGAGGGUUACAGGGCUAAUGAAAUUCAGUGAAGUGGGAAAGGCAGCCUGAAUAACCUGUUAAUUAUGAUUUAUUAUAGAACCUUCUUUCAAUGUUUAUAUCAGUAUUCAUUAGUAUUCAUUUCACAAAGUGAUAUAUUUUCCUCUGUUUUUUGAGGGCAUUAAGGACGGAUUUUUGGGUUAGUUUUCGCACGACAGCUGGAAAAAUGACUUUCCAAAAUGUUAUGAACAACAAAGUUUGUCUUUUAAAUGUACUUUAGCAACGAUA